CCCCCUGGCCUCUGGCCCCUUGACCCCCUGGUCCCCCGGCUCCCUGGCCCCUGGCCCCCAGCUUCACAGUAUCUCUCCUGGGGGAACUUGACACUUUCCAUGUUUUAUCAGGGCCUUUAGUGUUCCCUGUUAGGGAAAUUAUUUCAAGUGCACAUAUUUAUUCUGUUCUUCCAAGAGAUUUUCCUCCGUCUGAAAUAAACAGAGGCUCGGGUCACAGGGUCCUGGGGGGUGGCGGUGACGUCCCUGAAGUGCCGGCUCUGAGCAGGGCCGGCCUCGGUCUGUGGCAGGUCGCCGGGGCCUACUCCAAGACGUGGUCGUGUCGGGAAGAGGCUCUGCUCGCACUGUGUAGGCAGCUGAUGCAGAUGCCCAUCGGGUCGCCUAGGGAGGAGCUGAAGAACGUGCUGCGAGCGUCCAUCUUCCUCGUGAGGAGAGCCAUCAGAGACCUCGUGACCCCCGUCUUUCAGGCUUCUCUGAAGCUGUUGAAGAUGGUAAUUACGCAAUAUAUUCCUAAACACAAGCUGGGCAAGCCCGAAACCGCUCACUGCGUGGAGAGAACUGUGCCCGUGCUGCUCACCAGGACCGGAGACUCCUCCGCUCGCCUCCGCACCACAGCGUCCAACUUCAUUCAGGAAAUGGCCUUGUUUAAGGAAGUCAGGUCUCUGCAGAUCAUCCCCCCUUACUUGGUACAGCCAUUAAAAGCCAACUCGUCGGCUCAUCUGGCAAUGAGUCAGAUGGACCUCCUGGCCCGGCUCCUGAAAGACCUGGGCACCGAGAACACGGGCUUCACCGUCGAUAACGUGAUGAAGGUAAGUGCACGCCCGGCCCGUGCUGCCUGGAGUGUGGUGGGUGUCCGGUCAGUGUUUGUGGAAUGGAUGCUUGAAUGACUUCAGAGAACCAGUCACUGAUCUAACAAACGUGCGCACCGGCAGUCUCCCCGCCGUCGCCACGCCGAGUUGCCGAGUGAUCUGUG